UGACCUUACUUAAAAAUUAAUCAAUGCGAUGACAGUUUGAUUUUUCAGAUUAAAUUAUGUUUACCACUGACGUAUGUGUACAGUCGUUACGUCACAAAUAUGACCUGAGCGGCGGACACAAACAUUCCCGAGUCGCAGAGACCAAAUUGUGGUUAUUGAUAAGCAGAUUAGUAACCUUUCCUUUUACUGAUUGAAACAAUUGGUGUGGUUCAAUGAUUCUAGUAGAUUGUCUUCAACUUGUUAAGCUUUAAUAGUUAUUAUGUAGAGCGUGCUAAAAGUUUUUAUAAGCACAAUUAGCUGUCAAGUAUUUCUAAACAUAUUUUUUAAGGACAAUGCUGUGCAAUUUUUUUAUCCACUGUAAUUUUGUUAUAAUAGGCUGUACGUUAUGUCAAUUAAGAUAGAACGGCAGUAUAAAUCUGUAAAUUUGGGAUUAAAUUUUAACACUGUCCUUGACAUACAAUUUUAAAAACUUUCUUUAAGGGAGCUUCUACGAUGCAUUACAUUUCAAUUAUUAAAAUGGAAACUGUAUCUCAUGAAGUCACGUUUUCAUCACGUUUAAUUUUUUGUUUGGAUAUGAACUGAUAUGGAGGGUCACUCCACUGACCCCAAAUGUGGUGAAAUGGAGAUAAAUGGGGAUUAUCCCUUAGUAAAGUCCUUCAUCGCAGGCUCCUUCUCUGGUACAUUCUCCACAAUACUGUUUCAACCUCUGGACUUGGUGAAAACUAGGCUCCAAAGUAGAAUGAAUAACACUCACACUGGAGCCUACAGAUGUAGUAUGCUGACGACAGUCAUUCAGAUCGUACAAAAGGACAAUGUUUUUGGCCUAUGGCGAGGCAUAACGCCGUCGAUAACCAGAGUGGUACCAGGAGUAGGACUGUACUUUUCCUCUCUGCACUGGCUAAAGCAUGCACUCAAUUUGGAAGAGCCUCUAACAGCGCUACAGGCUGUUUCACUAGGCAUUACAGCACGUACUAUGUCCGGUGCUUUGCUCAUACCAAUAACUGUAGUGAAAACCAGAUUCGAGAGUGGAGUUUACAAAUACAAGGGAAUGGGCGAUGCACUGAGAUUAAUCUAUAAGUACGAGGGUAUAAAAGGUCUAUCCAGUGGUUUGGCACCAACAUUAUUAAGGGAUGCACCCUACAGUGGUCUCUAUCUAAUGUUUUACACUCAAUUAAAAAAUUCUUUCAACCCUGUAACUGAGAAUGGACACAUGAUGCUUGCGCCACAGACACAUUUCGCUUGCGGAAUCUUAGCGGGUGUAUUUGCCUCUGUGGUGACACAUCCUGCGGACGUCAUUAAGACCAAAAUGCAGCUUUAUCCAAACGAGUACAAAAACAUCCACGAGGCAAUUUUUAUGGUACACAGAAAACAUGGACUAAUUGGUUACUUCAACGGUAUUGUUCCCCGUAUGCUUCGAAGAACCCUAAUGACAGCUAUGGCUUGGACUGUUUACGAAGAGAUGACCAGAAACCUGGGUCUGAAAUGAGACGCUGAAGUUCGUGGUAUCGAGUUCAUUGAUCGGAUCAAGUUGAAUGAAUUUUGUACAGUAUUACGAAAAGAUUUAUGAGUGAUUUCUGGUAUUGCUUAUUAAUAAUUACGGCAUAAGGUAUUAUUACGAUUAGGCUAUAUUUAUUUAAUUAUCAUUAAGCAUUGUAAUGCCAAAGCCUGAUCGUUAAUGCGUUAAAUUGUGCUACUUGGCUCAUAUUGAAAUUUCAUGUAUAUAUGUAUUUUUUUGAAAUGACUAUAAAAACAGCGAGUACCAUACUAUUUUAA